AUGAUCGCGAUCCGAUCCACCAACGCAAAGAAAUGCACACCAAAUCUUCUCCCCGCGCGACUCAACCACAACGGACCCGUGAACGACACAAAUCACUACUGGAAGCCCGAGACAGAUCAGAAGGGAACACCCCACGCCUACUUCCGCGGGCGCCAUCUCCACGGCACACCUCUCGCCCUUCCUUCCACGCACACCGGCGCCAUCCUCCAAGUCACAGACGAGAAUCUGCCACAACCGCGGCCACAGGCGAUAGACGAAGAGGACGGAGAGGAUGAGCAGGAGACAGCAGAGGUUAAGAUCGCCGAACGAAUAGGUGAUUUUGACGAGGUGGUAGUUUGGGGCCAUGGUGGGGAGGUGGAGGGGGAACAGGAUAUGUUCAUCAGGGGAGUGAAAGAAUGGAUGGGGUUUGCGGAGGCUAUGCAUGGAGAGGAGGAGGAUGGGGAGGGUAAAGAUGGGAUGAAAGGAAGCUGA